CUCAAAUGGAUGUCGUACUUGAGCAUCGUGGCCAUCUUCUCCUUCGUGGCGUUCUUCGAGAUGGGACCGGGUCCCAUCCCCUGGUUCAUCAUCCGGCCCUCUGCCUUCGCCGUGGCUGCUUUCUCCAACUGGACCGCUAACUUCCUCGUGCACGGGCUUCCAGUAUGUAGAGUUGCCACAGAGGAUGACAAGAUUGUUGGAGGGCAGGAGUGUGCACCUAAUUCUCAGCCCCAUCAGGUGUCUCUGAACUCUGGAUAUCACUUCUGUGGCGGUUCCCUGGUCAACGAGAACUGGGUGGUGUCUGCUGCCCACUGCUACAAAUCCAAAAUGGACAUUGUCCUCGGCGAUCACAACCGUUGGUUCAUGGAUGGCAAAGAACAGAUCAUUUCUGCUUCCCACGUGAUCCCUCAUCCAAACUACGAGUCCUGGCUGGUGAACAAUGACAUCAUGCUGAUCAAGCUGAGCAAACCUGCAAUCAUCAACGAGUAUGUGAAGCCUGUGGCUCUGCCCACUGCUUGUGCUCCCGCCGGAAUCACAUGCACAGUCUCUGGAUGGGGUGUGACCAUGAGUUCCUCUGUUGACAGUAACCGGCUGCAGUGCCUGGACAUCCCCAUCCUGUCUGCUGAGGACUGUGACAACUCCUACCCCGGCAUGAUCACUGAGGCCAUGUUCUGUGCUGGAUACGUGGAGGGAGGCAAGGACUCCUGCCAGGGUGACUCCGGUGGCCCCGUUGUGUGUGACGGUGAGCUGCAGGGUGUUGUGUCCUGGGGCUUUGGGUGUGCAGAGAAGAACCAUCCAGGUGUCUAUGCCAAGACAUGCAUUUUCACAGACUGGCUGCAGAGCACCAUGGCGUCUUACUGAAUUUGGUCCAAUCACACCUCCACUACUAAAGCCGUUUCUAUAGCUCAAAAUCAUGUUUCAAUGAAACUUUUCAACUCUGCCUGUUUAAAAUAAUGUUUUAAUAAAACAAGUACAGAU